GUUCUCCUGCCCUUACGCGAGAUGGCGGCGCUUGCUUCAGCGGCUGGAGGCGGGCGGCGCUGGCGCCUGCGCGCUAACGCGGGGCGGCCCCAUUGUGCGGCGCUGAGGUAACGCCGCGGCCUCUUCUGCCGGGGAUGGAGGACGGCGGCGGGGCGGGAGCGGUGCCCGCGACCCCGGGGGCCCCCGCCGGCCUCUCGGCCUCCCAGCGCCGAGCCGAGCUGCGGCGGAGGAAGCUGCUGAUGAACUCGGAGGAGCGGAUCAACCGCAUCAUGGGCUUCCACCGGCCCGCGGCGGGCAAGGAUGACGAAAGUCACACAGAAUCAAAGCUUCAGCACGAACAAGAUAAAUCAAACUCCCUUCCCAUUCCUUCAGUUUCCAAGCGAAUUGUGCUUGGUGAUUCUGUCUGUAAUAUGGCAGGCACGGCUGACCAUGCAGGCAGCAUGGUAGACCUCAAAGGGGAUAAGGACUUGUACAGUAAAACUCCAGAGCUUGUCAAUGAGGGUACAAGUGAGCUCCGUCACCGUAAUAGAGGGGAACUGCCAUCUGAAGCUGCACCACGGCCACCUAGACAUGGAUUAGACCAGUACUUAUCCAGAUUUGAUGAAGCUCUGAAGCUGAGGAACCAGCUGAUGAAUGAGAAGCCAAGCCAAGAGAAUGGGAAUGCAGUGGAGGAGUUUGACUCUUUCCGCAUUUUUAGAUUGGUGGGAUGUGCUCUGCUUGCCAUCGCAGUCAGGGCUUUUGUGUGCAAGUACUUGUCAAUAUUUGCACCGUUUCUUACUCUGCAACUUGCUUACAUGGGACUGUCCAAGUACUUUCCAAAGUGUGAGAAGAAGGUGAAAACGACAGUAUUAACUGCUGCUCUUUUACUGUCUGGAAUCCCUGCAGAAGUGAUUAGUCGCUCCAUGGACACCUACAGCAAAAUGGGAGAUGUUUUCACAGACCUUUGUGUCUAUUUCUUUACUUUUAUCUUUUGCCAUGAACUUAUUCUGUUUUUUGGUUCUGAAGUACCAUGAUGGCUGUAGAAUUCAACGCAGUAGUUACACUAAAGCUUUCUGGACUGUAUUCCUUUAAUGUCUGACUGUGCAGACAGGUUUAAACCUUCGUUGAAAUUCUUACCUGUUGGAAUGCUUGAAAGGAGCCUUAAAUCCAGUCAUUUUGGGAAAGGAAGAGCAAGGUCCCAGACUGCCAGUUGUAUUGGUUCAGUUUAUUUAAAUACUGUGUCUGCCUGUUACAAAUGUGAAGAAUAGGAUGCAAGUGUCAGUGGAUGAUUUAUUUGGUUUAGUUAGAUGAUGCCCUUCUCAGCCUCCUUCAUAAAUAUUUACAAAGCUGCCUUUGUUCUUUCCAGUGAGAACAAAGAGAAUUCCUUUCAGCAGAACCAUAUAUAUAUAUCCAGUAUGACUAUAGCUAACAAGAACUGCUCAUUUUGUGGUGUUCCCAUUUUUUAAAGAAAGCUCCAAAUAAAAGAAAUCCCUGUAUUCUGUUGUUCAAAUUCAGAAUGUUGAACCAAGUAGCUGCUUCUGGAGAAUGUUGGUGAAACAUGCCACUUUGUUGUCCUAAUCCUUGCCUUGCUAUACAUUAUUUGUUGUGAUUGUGAUUAAUUUCAUUUGAUAAUUAUAGUGCAAAACAGCUAAGCAAAACCAACAACAAAAAAAAUCCUGUUGCUUACAAAUGUUAUUAAUCAAAAAAUAGGAAGAAACAAAAUUGUUAGUCUCACCUCUUUGUGAGUUUCCAGCAGCCUAAUCCUAGUGUAGCUCAUACAUGUGCUUUCAUUCUGAUGCUUUUUCCUUAUUUAACAGUUCAUCUCAUGAGGGGAAAGUUGUAUAUAUUGGUAACCAACCUGCAGUAUCAAAUGUUUGCUCUAGUAUAUGUAAAACUUAAAAGGCAACUAUUUUUUUUUUCUAGCUCCUUGCAGGAUUGCAUAAGACAACUUCUGAUAAGACAUUAAUUUCUGCCAUUUGUAUCUGUUUUAUUACCAGACAUUUGCAUGUAAACGGGAUCUUAACUGCAGAAGAGUUCUGCUCCUGCUGCAUAAUACUACAACCCAACCGUACACAGUCUUUGACUCAGCAGAGCUGUUUAUGUUAACUUUUUUUGUGUGUUUGUGCAAUUGCCCCAGUGAAACCACAGUAGCCAUUCCUGUUUAAAUCCUGUAUACCACAAGUGACAGUGAAAUAAAAAACGGUGCUUUGAGUUGACUCCCACAUGAAGAUCUACGUAUGAAUGGAGAAUAGCAUUUUGUAUUUUUUUCUGUGGGCGUCCAGCCACAUAGGUGAAAAGACAAAUACAGAUGAAUCCUGUUACUGGAUAAAGUAGCAAGCUAGCGAAUGCUUUUGUUUUCAAUCUCAUAUGAAUUUUGCACAGUGAGAGGAAGGAAGUGUCAUUCCAAAUAGUCAGCUUAAACGCUGAUAAUCUGUAAAAAUUUCUAUUUAAACUAAAUUUGGUAAUAUUUUCAACUUGUAGUUUUCUGUUUAGAAUCUGGAUUUUCAGGUAAUCUAGGCCAAUACCUUUUUUAGUAUAGGGAAACACCUAUUUAUUUUGGUAUUUGUCUGCAGAAAUUUUUUUAGGGAGCAGCAGUGUUUGAUUACGCCUCUUUAAAGUAAAUGGCCCUGCUUUCUGAUUACUCUUUUCUGUUAAAGCUUCCUGCUAUAACUUUAGUGCUGCAUUGCUGACUACUAAAUUAGAUAUAUGUUUGUUUGUGGCAUGAAAAUGAGAAGCUUACGUUUUGAUUUGACCAUUUUCAGGUUUUUUUACUGAUUAUUUUACAGUGAGUAUUAUGUUACAGGUGUCCAGGGCUGGGCUGCAAAAGAUUCUGACUUGGGUCUAUUAGCACAAAUAUUUAUUCAGAAGCUUUAAAUCUGUUCAUAUUAGACAGGAGUUUCAGCAAAUUGAAAUAGCUAUCAUUUAAGGUUGAGAUAUGUAAAUAAUGAGUUUGCUCAAAAGUUACGCUUGUUCUGACUAUUUAUAUGCCCAAACGUAAUAAGAAUAAAUUGCAAAAAUACUGUGUACUAA